GUGGAACUAAAGAUGAAGUAGAGCUGCAUGACAAUGGAGCCGGUUACAGGUUCCUGGGUGUGCCCCCUGGCAGAGGAAGCUGCCCUCUGACUGGACCGCUGCCCUUUGACCUCAUCUACACGGACUACCACGGCCUGCAGCAGAUGAAGCAGCACAUGGGCCUCUCGCUCAAAAAACACAAGUGCCGCAUCAGAGUGAUUGACACGUUUGGCACCGAGCCCGCCUACAACCACGAGGAAUACGCCACCCUCCACGGCUACAGGACCAACUGGGGCUACUGGAACCUCAACGCCCGCCAGUACAUGACCAUGUUUCCCCACACGCCAGACAACUCCUUCAUGGGCUUCGUGUCGGAGGAGCUCAACAACACAGAGAAGCGCAGCAUCCAGCUCAACAAGGUGCGCAACAUGGCGGUGGUCUACGGCAAGGAGGCCAGCAUGUGGAAGCUCCAGGGGAAGGAGCGCUUCCUGCAGAUCCUGCACCGCUACAUGGAGGUGCACGGCACCGUCUACUACGAGACGCAGCGGCCGCCCGAGGUGCCGGCCUUCGUCAAGAACCACGGCCUGCUGCCGCAGCACGAGCUGCAGACCCUCCUGCGCAAGGCCAAGCUCUUCAUCGGGUUCGGCUUCCCCUACGAGGGUCCGGCUCCUCUGGAGGCCAUCGCCAACGGCUGCGUGUUCCUACAGCCAAGCUUCCGGCCGCCGCACAGCUCCCUCAACCACGAGUUCUUCAGGGGAAAGCCCACAUCCAGAGAGGUGUCCUCUCAGCAUCCCUAUGCUGAACAGUACAUCGGGCCGCCCCACGUCAUGACGGUGGACUUCAACAACUCAGACGAGUUUGAGUCGACCGUCCGGGAGAUCAUGAGGACCCAGGUGGAGCCCUACUUGCCGUAUGAAUACACAUGUGAGGGGAUGCUGGAGAGAGUUCAUGCCUACAUCCAGCAUCAGGAUUUCUGCAACCCGGAGGAUCCCUUCCCUCCGACCAAUGGCUCUCAGGCUUGGCAGGGGAACCCGUUCGUGCGGCUGCCCAACGCCACGCUCCUGGGCUGGGCGCCCAACGCCAGCGCUCCCCCCUCCUGGCCCCCGCUCAGCGCCCUGCGGCUGCUGGUGUCCGCCGAGGGUCAGUCCUGCGUGGAGGCAUGCAGCCGGGCAGCGCUGGUCUGUGAGCCCGCCUUCUUCCGCUUCAUCAACAACAAGGAAGCCCUCGUCAGGCUGGAGGUGCAGUGUGAGGCGGUGGAGUCGGAGGUGAACCACAUCUUCCCGGCGUUCUCGGUGCAGCGGCGCGAGUGUGGCCUGCAGAAGGAGCCGCUGCUCUUCAGCUGCGCCGGACACAGCCCCAAGUACCGCCGCGUCUGCCCCUGCAGGGACUUCCGCCGGGGACAGGUGGCGCUGUGCCGAGACUGCUUAUGAUGAAGAGGGAAAAAACGAGGCCCCUCUUCCUCCUCCUCGACAGUCCUCUCGUCCCCCUCUCCCUCCCUCCCUCCCUCCACCAACACUCAAUGCUUGUGCGUCGCAUCGCUUAUUCCGCUGGCUUCCCUCGUCUGGUCCUGUAAGGCAGAGGGAGUCUGUAGCCAGCCUUGGCUGCGAUCACCCCCACAGAGAGGAGGCGGAGUGGGGAGAACAGAGGCUGAAUGUGCUGGCCCCCUCUCUCUCUCUCUCUCUCUCUCCUUCUCUCUCUCUCUCUCUCCUUCUCUCUUUCUCUCUCUUCCUCUCUCUUUCUCGCUCUCACAGCGUCUCUCCGCGGGGGAGCCCAGGCUCUUGCAGAGGAGCUCGCUUUGGAGGAUCUUGCCCAUGGCACUGGCCAAGAGGCAGUGGAGCUACCAGCCAUUGAGUCCACAAACAAACAAACAAUGUUCCUCUGUGGAUGGUAGAAGAGCAGACAGUUUCCUUUUCCACUGACAACAAGGUCUAUGAACCAAGUGCUGCUAUGUAGGCCCGCACACAGAAAGCCCUCACUGGAGUAACUCAGCAUAAUGCCUGACCUGGAGCUUCACACACACACACACACACAAACACACACACACACACACACAAACACACACACACACGCGCGCGCGCACACACACACACACACACACACACACACACACACACACACACACACACACACACACACACACACACAGGCCGCACUCAUCGAGGGGUAAAAUAAAGGCAAUAAACAGUUAAUAUCACCUGAAACUAGCAAGACACAUAUCAACCAGAGUAAAAUCCAGUUCUUUACUGCGAAUCUAUAAACUCCUUAGUAACUACAGUGCAAACGAACAGCUGUGGGAUUCUCCAACCAAACCAAUUCCUGACUGUAGAACAUCCAUGAUUUAUAAACCACUGCAACUACAACACAGAACCCAUACUGGGAGAGCGGGGGACUGCCAGCGGGCUUAGUCCUCUGGGAAAUCUCUGGGAUUGGGGCUCCUAUCCAUGGAUCUGUGGAUCAAUAGAAGGGCCUUUAGCAACAGCCAAUGGGGUAUGUGGACGGCCCGCCGGCCAGACCUCCAGGUGGAAAUGCUGAAUCUUUAUCUGAUCUGCGAUGACCGAUGACUCGGACCAGAGCAGUCGAGCUGUACAAAAUUGGGGAAAAAAAGUGAUGAGAGAUUAUUUUUCAAUAAGUGAUCAUUUGAAUUGUGUUGAAAAGCCUACUGCAAAUUUUUAUGAAUCCAUAUUUGUGUUGUUACAGGAAAAUUAA